UAUAGUGGUUAAAGCCAGGUGUGUUUCUCCUCUGUGAAGGAUCUAUGAUGGGAGGCAGCCUAUUCUGUGUAUCAUGGACAAAAGCAUGAUCAAGACCGUCCUGAUUAAAGAAUGUUACAACAUCUUCACCAACCGCAGGAACUUACGUCUGAACGGCGAGAUGUUUGAUUCGUUGUUCGUUGCCGAGGACGAUACAUGGAGGCGGAUCCGCAGUGUCCUCUCACCUUCCUUUACCUCUGGACGACUGAAAGAGAUGUUUGGUAUCAUGAAGCAGCACUCUGCUAACCUGCUGAACGGAAUGAAGAAGCAGGCAGAUAAAGACCAGACCAUCGAAGUGAAGGAGUUCUUUGGGCCCUACAGUAUGGACGUGGUCACCAGCACAGCUUUCAGUGUGGACAUUGACUCUCUGAACAACCCUUCAGACCCCUUUGUCUCCAACGUCAAGAAGAUGCUCAAGUUUGACCUGUUCAACCCACUGUUGCUACUAAUCUUUUUGUUUCCCUUCACUGGUCCGAUCUUGGAGAAGAUGAAGUUUUCUUUCUUCCCGACUGCAGUGUUGGACUUCUUUUACGCCUCGCUGGCGAAGAUCAAAUCUGGACGUGACUCUGGGAACUCAACUAGUCGGGUGGAUUUCUUACAGCUGAUGAUCGACUCUCAGAAAGGCAGCGACACAAAGACAGGAGAGGAACAGACUAAAGGACUGACUGAUCAUGAGAUCUUGUCUCAGGCCAUGAUCUUCAUCUUCGCCGGCUACGAGACCAGCAGCAGUACUAUGAGUUUCCUGGCCUAUAACCUGGCAACCAACCCCCAUGUCAUGACCAAACUGCAGGAGGAGAUAGAUACUGUGUUCCCCAACAAGGCUCCAAUCCAGUACGAAGCUCUGAUGCAGAUGGACUAUUUGGACUGUGUGUUGAACGAGUCUCUGAGACUGUACCCCAUCUCCCCGCGACUGGAGAGGGUCGCCAAGAAGACAGUGGAGAUUAACGGCAUCGUCAUCCCCAAAGACUGCGUUGUCCUAGUUCCCACGUGGACCCUCCACCGUGACCCAGAGAUCUGGUCUGACCCUGAGGAGUUCAAACCAGAGAGGUUCAGUAAGGAGAACAAGGAGCCUAUUGAUCCGAACACGUACAUGCCGUUUGGGGCGGGGCCCAGGAACUGUAUCGGGAUGCGCUUCGCCCUGAUCAUGAUCAAACUGGCCAUGGUCGAGAUCCUCCAGAGUUUCACUUUCUCCGUCUGCGACGAGACCGAGAUCCCUCUGGAGAUGGACAACCAGGGUCUGGUGAUGCCAAAACGACCAAUCAAACUGAGGCUGGAGGCCCGUAGAAACACCCCUAGCAACACCACUGGUACCACUCUGAAGAGUCCAACAACGUGACCAAAUGCAGGAGCACCCCACCCUACCCUACCUUGGAGUACCUCUCUCUCUCUCACUUCCCCCCACACAAAAGGGCUUUACUACAAACAGAAAUACUCCCCCGCUAAUGAACAUUUCUGGAAUCUGUUAUUUCAGCUCAUGAAACAUUUUUGCUCAACAGCCUCUCUAUCUAUCUAUCUAUCUAUCUAUCUAUCUAUCUAUCUAUCUGUCGAUCGGCUACUGAAUAUUCAGUCCUUAUCCUGACCCUGUUAUAGGCUACUGAAUAUUCAGUCCUUAUCCUAACCCUGCUAUAGGCUACUGAAUAUUCAGUCCUUAUCCUAACCCUGCUAUAGGCUACUGAAUAUUCAGUCCUUAUCCUGGCCCUGCUAUAGGCUACUGAAUAUUUAGGCCUUAUCCUAACCCUGCUAUAGGCUACUGAAUAUUCAGUCCUUAUCCUAACCCUGCUAUAGGCUACUGAAUAUUCAGUCCUUAUCCUAACCCUGCUAUAGGCUACUGAAUAUUCAGUCCUUAUCCUGGCCCAGCUAUAGGCUACUGAAUAUUUAGUCCUUAUCCUAACCCUGCUAUAGGCUACUGAAUAUUCAGUCCUUAUCCUAACCCUGCUAUAGGCUACUGAAUAUUCAGUCCUUAUCCUAACCCUGCUAUAGGCUACUGAAUAUUCAGUCCUUAUCCUAACCCUGCUAUAGGCUACUGAAUAUUCAGUCCUUAUCCUGACCCUGCUAUAGGCUACUGAAUAUUCAGGCUGGGAUUCAAUAGGCUACUGAAUAUUCAGUCCUUAUCCUAACCCUGCUAUAGGCUACUGAAUAUUCAGUCCUUAUCCUAACCCUGCUAUAGGCUACUGAAUAUUUAGGCCUUAUCCUAACCCUGCUAUAGGCUACUGAAUAUUCAGUCCUUAUCCUAACCCUGCUAUAGGCUACUGAAUAUUCAGUCCUUAUCCUAACCCUGCUAUAGGCUACUGAAUAUUCAGUCCUUAUCCUGGCCCAGCUAUAGGCUACUGAAUAUUUAGUCCUUAUCCUAACCCUGCUAUAGGCUACUGAAUAUUCAGUCCUUAUCCUAACCCUGCUAUAGGCUACUGAAUAUUCAGUCCUUAUCCUAACCCUGCUAUAGGCUACUGAAUAUUCAGUCCUUAUCCUAACCCUGCUAUAGGCUACUGAAUAUUCAGUCCUUAUCCUAACCCUGCUAUAGGCUACUGAAUAUUCAGUCCUUAUCCUAACCCUGCUAUCGGCUACUGAAUAUUCAGUCCUUAUCCUGACCCUGCUAUAGGCUACUGAAUAUUCAGUCCUUAUCCUGACCCUGCUAUCGGCUACUGAAUAUUCAGUCCUGACCCUGCUAUAGGCUACUGAAUAUUCAGUCCUUAUCCUGACCCUGCUAUAGGCUACAGAAUAUUCAGUCCUUAUCCUGACCCUGCUAUAGGCUACUGAAUAUUCAGUCCUUAUCCUGACCCUGCUAUAGGCUACUGAAUAUUCAGUCCUUAUCCUGACCCUGCUAUAGGCUACUGAAUAUUCAGUCCUUAUCCUGACCCUGCUAUAGGCUACUGAAUAUUCAGUCCUUAUCCUGACCCUGCUAUAGGCUACUGAAUAUUCAGUCCUUAUCCUGACCCUGCUAUAGGCUACUGAAUAUUCAGUCCUUAUCCUGACCCUGCUAUAGGCUACUGAAUAUUCAGUCCUUAUCCUGACCCUGCUAUAGGCUACUGAAUAUUCAG